AUGUCGCACAAAACAGAAUAUCAUCAUGAACAUCAAGUAAUAACGCCAAUUAUUGGUUCUAAAGUAUAUCAUCGGUUACAGAAAAUAAUUCAACAUUUAAUUCCAUCAGAAUUAAAUAUAAAUCAUUCUUCCGAUGACAAUCAUCAUGAUGCAAAUAAUAAUAAUAAUUAUCAAUCAUUUGGAGAAACACAAAUACUAGUGGAUAAUUCAAUUGAUUUUGAUGAAUUGGAAAAGGCUUUCCGACAAUUUAAAAUUCCCUCUCCCAAAAUUCAAAUAGUGGAAACUUUGCCAACCUUUGAUAAUGAUAGAACAAUUUCAGAGUUUAGGAAAUUAGAUACUACUAUUGAUGUCAAUGAAACUAAUGGGAAAAUAAUCGAACAUUUUUCUAAAUCUAAUGUGGCAGGUGAUGCUGCUGAGGACGAAUUGGAUGUUCUAGUCAAAAGAGCUGAAGAUAUGAGAAUUCAAGAAGAAUUAACAGAAAAAGGAACUAUUAAGAAAUCAUCAGGUAAAAUAUAUGAAGUUGUAAAAUAUAUGCCACAUUUGAUUGUACCGACCUAUGUCGAAGAAAGCACAAGAGCUGGAAUGGAAACUAGAGAAAGAAGAAGACAGAGAAUUAAAAUUCUCUAUGAUGUCCAAACAACAAGAGCUCAAACACCUGCAUUUCUUGAUGUUUCUCAAGAUGACCCUAAAACCCCUCUUGCAUUUAGAUAUAUCAGAAUUAUACUGACAACUGCAGAAGCAAGACGAGCACAAGAUAUUCAUUUGGAUCAAUAUAGCGCAAAUUGUAUGAGUAUUGUCUAUGCUACUCAAUUGGGUGUGACAGGUAAACUUGUUCUUAAGGGAGCCGUUGUUCAAUCCAUUAUCUAUUACAUUGCUUUUUAUGAUUUAUUGAGUGCAGGUAAAGCAAUGCCAGGAGCUGUCAGGGAUUAUUCAUUGAAAAUCAAAGUACGUUCACACGACUUUUUACAAGGAACUUUCAACGUUUAUCGAGUGAAUUGCAUCCGAACAAAUCAUGAAUUGGGUUUGUUUCAUAUUGUUAUGAGAACUUUACAGAAUUAA